AUUGAAAAUUCGCUUCUGUUUUUUCUAUAAUGAUUCCAUUUUGUUAUGCGUCUUAACAUAAACAUAAAAUUUUUAACUUCAGCUAUCUUUUUACCAGUGAAUAAAAUAUUAAAUCUACAGAUGUAGGUGCACGUGGAUGGCUAAAUAAUCAUGGAGGCUAAGUUGCAGUAGCAAUGAACGAUAAUAAUGCUAUUUUUGAGGGAGUUUUCACUAGUUCUUGCACCCGAGACCACAUACCCGAGUGGUUGCAACCUGAUAAAGCGCACAAUUAUCACCAAGUCAUCGGUUUCAUACGAACGAAAGAGAACAAACAAUCUGAAACGAAUCGGCUAAUUGGGCCGGUUAAUCAUAAUCUUUUUAAGAAGGGUCCAAAGAACGCUCUGCUACGUUUUGAAAACGACCAACUGUAUAUUGUUCUGAGUUUCGAAAACUACUUUCCUGAACGUGAACAUCAACCUAAUUUUCCCCUAAAAGACCACUUUUAUGUAAUAGUGCCAGGUGAUCCUGACUAUCGUGGAAAAUUACAAAAAGUUAAUCCGCCAGAGAGGGGUUUCGGCGUCACACCCCCUUUAAGUCCUGGGACAUCCUCGAGGACAUCAAAUUCGGGCACACGUCGAAGGCCAUAUCCAAAACCAUAUGGAGGCGCUGUUACGGUAACAAUGAGUGAUAACUCUAUUUUUGAUGGAGAUUUCACUGUUUUUUGCACCGAAUACGAAAUACCCGAGUGGAUGCAUCCCGCUAAAAGGCGUUCUGAUUUCGAAGUUACCGGUUUCAUAAAAACAAAAGAGAACCACCAAUCUAUGACAAGUGUACUUAUGAGACCAUUUAAUCAUGAUCUAUUUAAUAAUGGUCCAAAACGCUUUUCCCGAACGCGAGCAUCAACCUUAUAUUCCACUCAAUGAUCACUUUUAUAUAGUCUUGCCAAGAGGUCCUGUCUAUCGUGGACAGUUACAAAAAGUUAAUCCGCCAGAGAGGCUUUUCGACCCUCCGAGACGAGCAUAAUGCGUAGACACCGCGUUUCUCGUAUCGAGAAGGAUUCGUGGAGGUGCAGAUGAAUGGCCAACAGUAGCUGGAGGCUACGUUUUUGUAGAAAUGGACGAUUCAUCUACUUAUGAAGGAGUUUUCACUGGAUCUUGCACCGGAGACAACAUACCUGAGUGGAUGCAACCUAAUGGAUCUCAUAAUACCCAACAAGUUAUGGGUUUUAUAAGAACCGAAGAUUACAAACAAUCUCAGACAAGUCGGCUUAAAUUUCGAGAUGGGCCAGCCAAUCAUCAUGUUUCGCAACAUGCGCCAGCACGCUCUGUGAUAAAUUUCGAUAACAAGCAAUUGUAUAACGUUAUAAGUUUCGAUAGGUAUAUUCCCAAUCGCGAACAUCGACCUCCCGGGCAACUCUACUUUCCACUCCACGAGCACUUUUAUGUAGUAGUACCAGGAGGUCAUGUUUAUCGUGGACUAUUACUAAAAGUUAAUCAGCCAGAGAGGCGUCUCGGAGUGACAAGCCAUUCAACUCCUGGGACAUACUUGGGGACAUCAAGUUCGGGCCCAGAUAGACAGCCACAUACACAUGAAGGGCACGUUUUUGUAGAAAUGGACGAUUCAUCUAUUUACGAAGGAUUUUUCACUGGAUCUUACACCAGAGAAUUCAUACCUGAGUGGAUGCAACCUAAUGGAGCACAUCAUGCCCAACACGUUAUCGGUUUUAUAAGAACGGAUGAGUACAGACAAUCUCAAACAAGCCGGCUUCAAUUUCGAGAUGGGCCAGCUAAUCAUAAUGUUUCGCAGCAUCGUCCAACGAGCUCUAUGCUACAUUUAAGCCACAACCAAUCAUACAACGUUACACGUUUCGAUAGGUACAUUCCCAAUCGUGAACAUCGACCUCCUGAGCGACUUCAUUUUCCACUCCAAGGACACUUUUAUGUAGUAGUACCAGGAGGUCAUGUUUAUCGUGGACAAUUACUACGAGUUAAUCGGAGAAUAGAAUAGAAAAGAAUAGAGGCGUCUUGGCGUGAUAUCCUAUUCAAAUCCUGGGACAUCUUCGGGGACAUACAAUGCAGAUCACACAAUAUCCUAAACAUAUAUCGAAGGUUAUUCAAUUGGGUGUAAAUGUGG